AUACUUCAAAUUAGCGAUAAAAAAAACUAAGACACUUAGAGGUAUACCGUAGAACAAUUUUUUGCUUUGUUCAGCCCAUCCGUGACACGACGUGAUACGAUAAAAAUUUUUAAAUGAAAAACAGUUUACGAUUUUAUUUAUUCAGACAAUGUCGUCAGGGAAAGGUGGUCUUGAUAUUCGUUUCGAACAACUAACUUACAAAGUGAAAACUGGAAUAUUUAAACGAACUAAUAAAACGAUACUCGAUGGCAUUUCUGGGACAUUCCGUGCGGGCGAAUUAUCGGUUAUUAUCGGACCGAGUGGUUCCGGAAAAACAACAAUGUUGAAAAUAUUGAGUGGAAUGUUCGAAGACAACUUUAGUGGAACGUUAACAGUCGACACACCGAACUACAAACUUAUCCGAAAUCAAUCCUCGUACAUCAUGCAUGAUCGAAUGCUUCAUCCGCUGCUGACCGUAAGAGAAGCAAUAUAUUUUGCAUUUAAAUUUAAAACGAGUCCAACAACCAGUAUAGUGCAGCAAAAGCGUAAAUGCGAUGCUAUUUUAAAUCAAUUGGAUCUUAUCAAUGCUGGUGAUACGUUGACGAAACAUCUGAGUGGCGGAGAAAGAAAGCGUUUGUCGAUUGCCGUUGAGCUUGUCAGCGAUCCGUCGAUAUUAUUCCUUGAUGAGCCUACAACUGGUUUGGAUUCUUCUGCGGCAUAUAAAAUUGUUACGUUCCUCAGUGAGCUAGCAAAGUCUGGUAAAUCGGUGAUAUGCUCCAUUCACGCUCCUUCAGCUCUGAUGUUACGAAGAUUUGAUCAUAUCUAUGCCAUAGCCGAAGGCAGGUGUAUUUAUCAAGGGGCAAACGGAAAUGUAGUUCCGUUUCUGGCUGAACUAGAUAUGAAUUGUCCAGAAUCUUUUAAUCCUGCCGAUUAUUUAAUAGAAAUAGCAACGAACCAGUAUGGUGAACUGAAUCACACCUUAACCGGAAAGAUCGGCAAUGGUCUAAGCGAAGAUUACAGAAAUGAAUUGGACUUGGAGACUCGUGACGAUUGCAUAAUGAAAACAAAAACAAGAAAAUACAAUUCCACAUUCUCCCACCAAUUACUCCUAUUAAUUCAACGAAAUUUCCUUUUAAUGAAACGAGACACGAAUUACCUGUUCAUAAGGGUCAUAGUUGCAAUAGUAAUGGGACUUGUGACCGGUGCUUCAUUUUAUGAUGUCGGACCAUUUGCGAAUCACAUCAUGGAUACAUACAAAUUUGUAUUGGGCUCCACACAAUAUUUGCUCUUCGCUUCAUUCUACUCACUGGCACUCCGGUUUCCAAUGGAUCUUCCAAUUCUAGGGAGUGAACACUUCAAUCGAUGGUAUUCAUCGAUGAGCUAUUAUUUAGCGUUAAUUAUCGUCGAUCUGCCAAUGCUAGUUGGAAUAACCCUUGUCUUCGUUUUGAUAUCGUGUUACUUAUCGGGUCAGCCCAUGGAAGUGCAUCGUCUACUACUGAUAUUUCUCAUCGGGAUUUUGUUAUCGCUCGACGCACAAGCGUUCGGUUUGUUAGCCGGUUCGAUAUUUUCUAAUCUAACGAUUUCAUUGGUAAUUGGUUCAUCAAUAGUGGCCUUCCAUACGGUAUUUUCUGGAGUUUUGCUAUUAAAGAAGGACGUUCAGCCAUGGCUGAAAUGGAUUUUCGACAUUGUUUUUCUAAAUCACGCUAACCAUGGGAUAACCGUUGCUCUAUUCGGCUAUGAUCGGGAAAAGCUGCCCUGUGACUACAUUUACUGUCAAUAUAGAGAUCCAAAAGAUUUCUUAAAGUUUCUCGAUGCUCCAGCUACCAUUUCAUUUCAUCCGUUUUUUAUCAUUUUUUUAAUUGUUCACAUUUGCACCUACAUUAACAUGAAGUUGAAAUUGAAGAGAUUACAUUGAUGAAAUGUUACAGUUAAAACGCCUAUAUAGGCUGAUUGUUAAUAAUUGCAGCUGACAACAAUGUGAAGUUUAUAAAGCCGUAUAAUAAGUAGCACACAAUGCACUCGGGUCACGUAUUAAGAUUGAUUAAUCAUUGGAACUGAUUAGGCUAUCUACUCUCAGUAUAAUUCAUAUGACCGCAUUUGCAAGACAUCCUUAAAUAUUAAUAGUGUUGCAUUACUCUGAACGUAUUUUUACGUUUGAAUUACCUACGCUGAAUUUCGAAAUUUCAAUUUGGUUUAAAUUGUCUGGAUGAAGAGCCCGAUACAUGCGAGAAUGCUUUAGCUACGAAGUCUAGAUAUUUCAACACGAUGUCUUCUCAAUUUUUCCACACGCACAAUAGUUUUUUCCUAACGCAUGCUGAAAAAAUACAGAUGAUUGUUGCCUGACUGGAGAAUAAUCGUUACCAAUAUCACACCAAUUGUUUACAAAAUUAGGAGGCCAAAAAUCGAACAGUGUCUGCUUGUAAAUUUUAUUACGCUGUAUUCAUACACUUCUAAAAUGCCUUGUCGUUACGUAAAAAAUAAUUGAUUUUGAUAUAGACACUGUUAGAACAGAAUGACUCUUUAUUCGUAAACGAAUUCCUAUGAAUUUACGCAAUGCAACAACAAUUGAUGGCUACAACCUCGGCUCUGUUUUUAAUAAAUCAAUUUCUUGUUUGUUCUGUAUUUGCUACACGUGUGGAAUACAAAGUCGUCUAAUCAAACGUCUUAGUGAAAGCUCAGACAAGAACAAUAACAAUGUAAAAUUGACUCACAGCAACGCACUGUUAGCGAUAGUGAUCGUAGUGACAGCUGCCAAAUACAGUACUAUAAAAAUGACAGAACUUGUUUGAUCACUGUCUAUUUUCAGUACUCUAUUUUGAAAGACGAAACGAUACCGAGCAUCAUGAACGUUAGCGGAACAUCAAUGCUGCAGGCUACUAUAUUUUUAGUCAGAAUUCUCGUGGAUAUACUCCCGUCAGUCAGUGAGUAUACUUUACCUAUAGGUCUUUCCAAUUACAAUUA